GCCUUCGCCCACCCGCUUGCUUGCCAUGGACGACCAGUUCAUGCUCGAGGCCAUGCACCCCACGGCCGGGUACCUCUUCGCCGAGGAGCUGGACGUGCACUUCAUGGACCUGCACUCGACGCUGCUGCUCGAGGACUUCCGGUCGGCCGCCGACUGCAGCUUCAGCUUCGGCGGCGGCUGCAACGCGCCCAGCUCGCCCUCGUCCGUGGCCCUCCUGCCUCUAUUCCACCCGCCGCCUCCACUCAAGCUCACACCCUUGGACGAGGCCGACAUCUUCAUCAAACUGGAGCCCGUGCCGGUCAGCGUCGGUGCCGAGCACAGCUUCCUGACGCCGGUACCUGUGGUGCACGUCGGCCCCGUGACGAACGAGCGCGAGCGCCUCCGCUGUCGCCAGCGCGGCUACGAGAAGCGCUACCGAGGCCGCAAGAGAAAAAACCUCAACCUGCAGCGAGAUACGUGGCUCGGCCUCGAGAUGAAGCUGGCCGCCGCGCGCAGGAAGCACUGCAAGCCCUACGUCCACCAGGUCCAGAGCUCCGAGGGCUCGCUGCAGCGCAAGAUGUUGCUGCUGCUUCAAGAGGAGCGCGCGCUCGUCGAGGACCGCGUCGCGCUGAAGUCGCUCCAGGCCUGGGAGAAGAUCACGCGCAUCCGCGAGUACGCGGACAAGGACGCGCUGCGUACGGUGAGCGAGUGGCGGCACAGCGCCGUCAAGGUCAUCGGCCCGUGCGGCGUGCUGGCCCCAAGGCGGUUCCACCCGUACGCGCCCAUGGAGCCGCUCGACUUCACGUGGUGAAGUAUCUACGUAUCGCCUCAUUAUUCUCAUUUAUUUUUUUAUUCCCGCUCUUGGCAGUGAGAAAGUUGAACCACGAGGAAGCGCCAGCUAACGAAGAAGUAGGAGUCGGGUCGGCCAUGCAGCGGAAGGAAGUACACUAAACGCGCACUAAGCACAAGGCUUUCUUUCUCU